AUACGUCAUGCAAGUAGACAAGUGCGAGUGUGUGCAGAGGCAGAGCCCUUACUGAGCGAAUCAGUGAACAAGUUCAAAAGAUUCGAGUCACUGAAAUGAAUCAAACUCCUCGGCAUUACUGGGCAUAAGCAGAUAGAAUGGUUUUGGAUAAUCCUCGCAUAUCAGCAUCGCCCGGUUACGCGCAUACGUCAUCUCUAUCUUCUCUUGCAGACUCAUGGACUGAAGCAGCAGCAGCACCGCCACCGUCGCAUCCAACUGAAGUAAACCGGAGCGACAAAACUGUACAGCAGUGACAAUUAUAGGAAAAACGUCCAGCCUAAAACAGGCACUGCUAUGUUGAAACGUGUUAGAUAUGACUGAUGUCGAGGUGACGUAUGAAGACUUCAUCGCCUCUGGAAGGACCGGCAGACGCAAUGCUGUACACGACAUCCUGGGAUCCUCUGGUGGGCUGGACGCUAGCGGACUCUCCCAAACGCUGUCUGAGCUCAGCAUCGGCAAACCAGGGAAUGAUGAAGAGAAAGACCAGCGCUCGACUGAUUCUGAACCGAAGCAGGAAGAAGCUAAUGGUGAAGGCACGUAAAAGACUUCAGUGAAAUAAUAAAGUAGGAAAACCCCCUCUAGUGGCAGAUUUUAGGCAUGGAGGGGUUGAUACUGAAACAAGCGGAGAAUCCCUCUCCCUCAUGGAUCCAGACGGAGGAGACUUUGCUAUGGGGAAGCUAAUGUGAAAGGCUGGGCCUUACGAAUCGCAGCACAAUGGUUUUUAUAAAUCCAUUGCUGCUUUUGCUGAAGUAGGUAUGACUUUUACUUAGAAGUUCACUUUAGUUGUUUUGGUAGAUGGACUGGUGGGGAUUUGGGUCAGAAAUAGACAUUCAAAUGGUGGAGAUCACAGGAUCUGAUAUUGAACAAUACUCACUGCUCUUGUGGUUUCAGAUUCACUUAUUAACUGCCAGAGUAGCGCAGCUAAUACGCACUUAAUACACUGUCAUUUUAUAGAUGUAGUGUUGUAAUAGUAAUAUCAGAUUUUGAUAAUAAAUAGUGCUGUGUCUUUGAUAUCUUCGGUUUAUGUUGAUAUUCACAUAAUCUGUAAGUGCUGCAUUUUUGUUAAACACUCAGAAUUCAUAAAAAAAGCUACAGUUUAUGAUGGUUUUGCAUGGCACCUGACAGAAUAUGUGUUUAACUGUUCACAUCCCGCAGAGCACUAGUCAUUUGUGAUCUGACCAUUUGCAGUGUGUGCUGAUGAUAAUUCCUUGAGUGUUUUAUAUUACGCAUUAUGAAAUCCAGCUUGAUUUGAAGUCCUGACUGACACUGCCUAUUAACCCUUUUAAAAAUGUGUUCAAUAGAGCCUGCCAAACCUCUGCCCAUAUUUUGUCUUCCAGUUGUUAAUUCUAUGUCCUCAAUUUUGCAUUAUUAUAUGUGAUGAUAUUUUCAUCUGUGGGUACAUAAAUAUUUGAAUAAAUUUAAGAAAUGUUUGGGAAAAAA